CCGGAUGUGGCCCCCGCCACCGCCAUUGUGCGGCUGUGCUGUCCACCGAGGGUCCCCCUGCGGCGAGUGCUUUGGAUUCUCGCCCUCGCUUCUCGAUCUCCUGUCCCGGGAGCCCGGCGGGUCCGGGACUCCCGUCCGUGCCGGUGCGGGCGCCGGCAUGUGGCUGUGGGAGGAACAGGGGGGCCUCAUGGGCCCCUUCUCCUUCCUGCUGCUGUUGGUGCUUCUGGUGACACGCAGCCCCUUCAGUGCCUGCCUCUUCACCGGCAGCUUCUACCUCCUGCUGCGCCUCUUCAGCUUUGAGCCUGUGCCCACCUGCAGGGCCCUACAGGUGCUCAAGCCCCGCGACCGCGUUACCGUCAUCGCCCACCGCGGCGGCAGCCACGACGCACCCGAGAACACACUGGCGGCCAUUCGGCAGGCAGCUAAGAAUGGAGCAACAGGCGUGGAGUUAGACAUUGAGUUUACUGCUGACGGGGUCCCUGUCUUAAUGCACGAUAACACGGUAGAUAGGACGACGGAUGGCACUGGUCGAUUGUGUGAUUUGACAUUUGAACAAAUUAGGAAGCUUAAUCCUGCAGCAAAUCACAGAUUAAGGAAUGAUUUCCCUAAUGAAAAGAUCCCUACCCUGAGAGAAGCCGUUGCAGAGAGCCUGAACCAUAACCUCACGAUCUUCUUUGAUGUCAAGGGCCAUGCAAAUAAGGCUACCGAUGCUCUAAAGAAAAUAUAUAUGGAGUUUCCUCAACUAUACAAUAAUAGUAUUGUCUGCUCCUUCUUGCCAGAAGUUAUCUAUAAGAUGCGACAGACAGAUCAGAAUGUGGUGACGGCUUUAACUCACAGACCUUGGAGCCUUAGCCAUACAGGAGAUGGGAAACCACGCUUUAAUGCUGUAUGGAAACAUUCAGUUUUUGUGGUACUGGACAUUUUGCUCGAUUGGAGCCUGCAUAAUAUUUUGUGGUACCUGUGUGGAAUUUCAGCUUUCCUCAUACAGAAGGAUUUUGUGUCCCCGGACUACUUGAAGAAGUGGUCAGCUAAAGACAUUCAGGUUAUUGCUUGGACUGUUAAUACUUUUGAUGAAAAAAGUUACUAUGAAUCCCAUCUUCAUUCUGGCUACAUCACUGACAGCAUGUUGGAAGACUGCCAGUCUCAGUUCUAGACUUUUCCCCAGGGAAGAAACCCAUGGGGACAGAAACUGCCUGCCGGCCUCAUGCAGGGAUACCCAUUGCGUUAGCCCACGCCCUGGGGGAUCAGGUGACCCACACAAGCAAUACUCAGUAAUUGCUUUUUUACCUGAGCCAGAGCAGAGCCCAGUGUUUCCACCAUGCUCCGUGGACUGCCCGAGCUCCACGCCACUGCUCUUGAAAAUCUGGGUCUGCAGAAAGGCACAGCCCUGCCCGGCCCUAGCCGAGGCAUUGCACCGAGACCCGGUGAGAAGAAGCACAGGUUGAGUGAUGCAGUUUGGGGGGUACAGACGCAAAUGCAUGGGAAAUGCAUGAUCACUCAGUGUUGACAUUUUUAAAACUUGACACAUUUAUGUAAUUCACUUAUUUAAAAUAUUUGUACUCGGCUAUGUUAUCAAUAUACGAUAGACGCCAAGCUUGUGACCAUACUAAUAAAAUCAUUAAAAGGAGCAGUAAGGGAAAACUGUGUGCCAAGCAGCGUAUCCUAAGAUACAAGGAAUUUAGGGGAGCCGCUGUCUCAGUCCACUGACCAGCUUCAGCGCGGAGCAACAAAAAUGGCAGGAGAGUCUGGACACCGGCCUGAGGGAUGGCUCGUGUUAUCUCGGAGGAAGAGCCACAGACCACUAGGGAGCAGAGUAACAUUCUUUCAGGCUACUCUACGACGGAUGAUCAUACACGAUUAGAACUGGAAGAAACUUCUAAGGACAUCUAGCUUGUCCUCACUUUGCAAAUGAGAACACCAGAACCUGUGGAAGGAAAGGGUCUUCCUCAGAAAUAACGUAGCUGGUGACAUAGCAGAGUCUGAUCUCGUGAUAAGUAAAUUUCUUAUUUACUAUUUGCCUGGAACUUUAGGGAUUUAACGUGUUUUCUUAACUCACAAAAAUCUUACAGAGUUGGUAUUCUCUUUUUACUGAUGAGGAAGCUGAGGCACUGCAAAGUUAAAGUCACUUACUCAAGGUCUCGAAUUCCUUGGUGCGAUUGAGAUUCGGAUCCAGGUAGAUCUGAACCCCUGCUCCUAACCACUCCUCUGCCUUUAGAAAGCCCUUGAUUUCCAGCUCCUUCCCACAUGAGCUUCCGGGGGUCUUAUCAAUAGCAACGUUUAAAAUGAAGGUGAGUCUUGAAAAAAUUGCAUAGCUGUCUUUCUCCGCAGCUGCCCUCCCGCAGCCUUGAUCACAGGCUGUACAGCUGAGUCAUGAUUUCGCUCCUGAGUCCCAGUGAGUCACCAGCCUCACACUCAGCGGGCAGACCACCAGUCCACACAGCUAGAUGGCAGCGGGAAGCAAACCGAUUUUUUGCUAUGGUUGGUAUUGGCAGUAGAUGGGGCUUGGGACAUUUUCAAUCAACAUUGACAAAGACAUUUUCUUGAAUUUUAAAAUUAACAGUAAGACGAUUUAUUCAAUGAAUGGAACAGAUACCUAAACUGCAUGUACUUCAAAAAUAAAUAAACAAACCGCAUGUACUUCUAUCCCGUGUUAUGACUAACAGGAGAAAGUGACCCCCCAAAAAUCUGGACUGAACUCCCCGCUUUGACAUAGCUUCGGAGACUGCACAUCAACCAAGAAGGAAGGAAUUCUCUUGGGGGCAGUAGAGGCGAUAUCCCUUCUGCUGUGUGAAGCCUCGAGAGCCAGUUUGCUGCCUCUUGACCUUUGUCCCAAAUACAUUUUGCUCUUGACUCAGCCAAACCUAAUUAAAGAUUUAGAUCCUAUGCUAAAGAGGCCUCGAAGAUGGAGAAUUUGGAUGAAGAAAGAUGUUAAUAGGUACUACUUUUAAGCACUUAUUUGAAAGGCUUAGUAUAGGGCUUAGAAACAGCACUUGGGAUCAGAGAAAGCUAAAUCUCAUUUCCUGAUAAAACAAUUUACCAUCUGUAUGACCUUGGGUAAGUUAUCUAAGUCAUCUGUAAAACGGGCAGUAUUAGUACCACCCCAGAAGGUGGUUACAAAUAAAUGAAAGUACAUGUAAAA